AGAUAUAAGAAGAGGGUGUACUGGGUGGGUGUUAGGUGGGAGGGGAGGAACGUGUACAGUAUAUAAGAGCGGAGCGUGAUAGUGAGGCCAGUCACACUGUCGACAUGCUGACCACCACACACACCCUCCUGCUGCUGCUCCUCUCUCUCGCCGUGAGGCGGAGUGUACAGCUGUGUGCCCCAGACUGCACAGGUGCUGACGACGGGACCGAUGUCAGGGACCCCACCGACUGCACCAGGUACUACGUCUGCAUUGAAAUCAACGGAGACAUUACGCCGUCGAAGGACCCAGUCCAGUGUACAGACGGAUAUUACUUCAACGAUGCCCACACUACACCCCGGUGUGACCCCAUCGAUGGAGCCCCCGACGGCUUCUGCUCCCGGCUCUGUGACCCCUGCAUCCCAGACUGUAACGGGAACAACCCCGGCACCGAAGAACCUAAUCCCACAGAUUGCUCUAAAUUUGACGUUUGCCUGACUGAUCCUCACAUUUACUUAGAGUAUGAGUGUGACGUGGCAACCCCAUAUUUUGACUUCAGAAAACAAGCCUGCCAGACUGACGAUACCCUCUGCUACUCCUACUGUGAUCUCUGCGAGCCUCAUUGUACCACCUCCGGCCAACGUGUUAUAGACCCCAAGGACUGUCAACAGUUCUACCUGUGCUCACCUCCGGACCAAUCGGUAUUCCGAUGUCCAGGGACUCAGGUGUUCGACAUUGAGACUUCGACGUGUGGCGAUUUUGACUGUGUCAUCCUUUGUCCAACUUAACUAAAAAAUGUAUUUUCCUUUCGACAAGUAUUUUGUGAUUAAUAAAGUCGCCUAUUAUUAUU